GUCCUGUGAGUAUGCAGCUCCAUGCUAUCCUAUUCAGGUUCCACCAAAUGAUCCACGAAUUACAAACCGUCGCUGUAUUGACUUCUUUAGAAGCAGUGCCAUCUGUGGAUCAGGCCAGACAUCAGUUUUCUUUGAUACUUUGAUGCCAAGGGAACAAAUCAACCAGCUGACAUCCUACAUUGAUGCAUCACAGGUAUAUGGAUAUUCAAAAGAAGUAACACAGGACCUGCGAGAGUUCCGCAACAAUCACGGAUUGCUACGUGAAGGAAUCAAACUACCCAAACACAAGCCAUUGUUGCCACUUGCCGAUAAUCAGCCAAAUGAUUGCCGGCGAGACCCAUUGGAGAGUGACAUUGGCUGCUUCUUGGCAGGAGACAUCCGAUCAAAUGAGCAGCUUGGGUUACUGGCCAUGCAUACCAUCUGGUUUAGGGAGCACAAUCGCGUGGCCACAGAGCUGCGGUACAUUAACCCACACUGGGAUGGGGAUAUGUUGUACCACGAAGCCCGAAAAAUUGUGGGAGCUGAGGUGCAGCAUAUCACAUAUAAACAUUGGCUGCCUCUGAUUCUUGGAGGUGAGGGUAUGCAGAUGUUGGGAGAAUAUAAAGGCUAUGACCCUACUGUGAACCCUGGCAUCUCCAAUGUCUUUGCAACUGCAGCACUUCGGUUUGGCCACUCCCUCAUUAACCCUGUUCUGCAUCGUCUGAACAAGACAUUUGGAACUAUCACAGAGGGUGAUGUCCCCCUUCAGAAGGCAUUCUUUUCACCAUGGCGUAUUGUAGAGGAGGGGGGUGUGGAUCCACUGCUCCGAGGGCUGUUUGCAGUGCCUGCAAAAUUGAAGAAGCCCCACCAGAUGCUCAACACUGAGCUGACAGAACACCUCUUUGAAGUAGCACAUGCUGUUGCACUGGAUCUAGCAGCUAUCAACAUCCAGAGGGGACGAGACCAUGGCAUACCAGGAUACAAUGAGUGGAGACAGUUCUGUAAUCUCAGUGAGGCACACACGUUUGAUGACCUGCAUAAUGAAAUACGCAGCCAGUCAUUGCGAGACAGCCUGAAGGAGUUGUAUGGACACCCAGGUAACUUAGAUAUUUGGGUUGGUGGUAUUCUUGAAGAUCAACUAGAUGGAGCUAAAGUUGGUCCAACAUUCAGGUGUCUCUUGGUGGAGCAGUUUCAACGCCUCCGUGAUGGUGACAGGUUUUGGUAUGAGAACCCAUCAGUGUUUAAACCAGAACAGCUGACACAGAUCAAACAGACGUCACUGGGACGUGUUCUUUGUGACAAUGGAGAUGAUAUUACUGAUGUGACAAUGGAUGUGUUUAUUCUGCCCAAGAAGCAGUCUCCAGCUUUUGUGUCCUGCAGUGAAUUGACACAGAUUGAUCUUCGGUUCUGGGCUGAGUGCUGCCAUGACUGCAGUAACUCGGGACAGUUCAACAGCCUCACACAGCUGCCAUCAUUAACAUCUGGACGAUCACGGCGAGCCCUGGAGUACUCCUACCCCAGUGACAAACAUGUGACGCUCACCACUCCCACCUACACCAACCACACUGUCCCUACACAGAGUCCAAAUGUAUUGGGCGAGUUCUCUACGCUCAACUCACUCCACCUUGACUCUAACGAAGUAGACGAGGAGAGGAUAGAAGGCAUUGAGAGUGCCCUGGAAGAAUUCCAGAAAACUAUCAAGCAACUGCGACGCAAGAUCAGAAAGUUGGAACAUCACAUCCAAGUUAAUGGCAAGCAUGGUAAUGGGAGCAAGUGUAUGGAUUCAGAUGGCAACUGGAGGAAGAAAGGAGACUCAUGGAAGAAGGACAGCUGUACACAAUGCGUUUGCAAGGAAAAGCAGGUGACAUGCACGACAGAAAAGUGUCCCCUUGUGACAUGCGCAACACCCAUCCGACAAGAUGGAGAAUGCUGUCCUAUGUGUGCAUAAUGUGUCCACUGAGCCAAGUGCUGACUGACUGGGAUAUUUUUAAAGCCAGGUUGUACUGCCAGAAACGAAUACCCACUACUAGUCAAACAAGAAACUGAGUGGAGUAGUGACAUUAAUAUUUUGAGUGUUUCUUCAUGUGUUUUAUUAAUGUACAGUUACAAUUUACGUGUUUUACUGUAUUAUAUAAUGCAUUUAUCUUUAUGCUUCAUUCAUGCUUACUGUUUCAAGCCAUGUGCUCUGCCAGGUGGCAGCAAUGCUAUCGUGUCUUUUAAACUGACACAAAUAUAAUUUCUUGGUCAAAAUGUUAAAGCCAGGUAACACUGCAUUAACCCCUCAUAGCAGAUCAAUUCAAAUGCUUCCUGAGAGUGCAAUGUAGUGGUGAUUUAAAAACUAGCAUGCAGGGUUAACUUCUUAUAUAGGAAAGCUGAAAAUUUGCCUCAGAUAUAUGUCAUAUAGUGACCAUUCCUGUCCAUUGCCUUCACGGAGUGCUUCAUCAAGCCCAGUUUUAAAUAUAUUGGAGGUGACAUCUGUUUGUGUCAACCAAACUUUUGCGUUAUACCUUUUGAACCUUAUAUGAAACUAAGUCUGGGGAGGAAUUUCUUUGUUAUAUGCAUGCUUCAUGCUCUGUUCUCCCUUUAUGACAAUCAGUGAGGAAGUUUCCUAUUUCAAAACUUUUCAUGACAUGGUAGCAGAAAGAGAGCCAGUUCUGUAUGAAAUCUUUCCUGCGUAUAUCGGCAUGAGGGAUGCUGUAGUAGAAAGCGAGUCUCAUGAGGUCAUAGCAGUACUUCAGAGACUAAAUUACCCCUCACAGGGGGGAAAAAGUGAAGUUAGAAGGAUUCAUUCCUGCCCUCACACCAAACUGCUUCCUUAAACAUCGUAAAUGCAGAAUGUUCAAACCCAUAACAAAAUUUAUCCUGGAAGCCCUAGGGAAGUAGAGUAAAGCUGAAUGGAGGUAUGAGUGGCGACUGCAGUGGGAUAUGAUGUAGAUAUAAGCCCCCACAGUGAGUGGCACCAUCAGCGCAAUAUAAUCUACCAAGAUGCUUUGUUAGCACCACAGUAAUCACUGUUAUAGAGUACUGAUAUCAUAUUACUAUUUGCGAAUAUACAUAUGUGAUGGAUAAAAAUGGAUGUCAUUUUUUAAUUCAGCAUAAUUGGGGUUCAUAUAAGACAUGUGUAAUGAAUUCUUCAGGGAGCAUAACCAUCACAGACAAGUGUAUCUCCAACAACAGGAAUGUAGGCACUUGCAUUACUUUCAGCAGGUCUUUAGACAACAGUAAAUGAAAAUUUCAUGAUUUAGUUGCAAUAUCAAGGCCAUUGUAGGAUUGCUGCCAUGUUGUUAGCACACAUGAGCAACCUGGGGAAAUGGCAAGCAUGAACAGAGUGCAUAGCUUCAACUGUACUAUAUGUAGUCUUUUGCCUCAGCCCAUUGCCGUCUUUCAGUUUCAAGUUGAAGCAUUUUACUUCGAAGUUUGGCUUUAUAACUGUAGUACUUAGAAUUAAAGAUGAAUGUAAAGUAGUAUAAGAUUUUGUUCAAUUAUUAUUGCUUAGGGGUGGCCAAAAUUUCUAACUUUAAGAGCUGUAUAUCAAAAUAAUCAAUUCACUAUAUUCUUAGAUGUAUAACUUCCCCCAGCAGAUGUAAUAAAGUCGCCCUUUUCAUCCCUUUUUAAUAGAAUUCAUUCAUUAUUAUCGUAUGUUUAUACAGCAUAGACCAGUCACGGAAAAUGUCUUUGUUUCUUGUACAGGGCUGGAAAGCUGGUCGAACAUCUCAUAUUUUCUUCUCUGCCUAAGUCUUACAUAAGAAAAGUUUGGAUUCAAUUAUGUGGAAGCCACAUGAUCUGGCCACCCCUGUUAUAGAUGCUGGUAUAACAAAGCACAAGCCAUAGUAUGUGUAAGAUGAGCAAGCCUGUCUAUCACACGCAGGGUUGCCAACUGUUGUCAUGCAAGUAUGGAUGCCGUAUGAUCUUACACAUAACAUAAAUUUUAAGUUAAGUGAAUUAGCUUUGGGUUUCCUUACAGUUUAUGCUGAUUUCUGGUUCACAUUCAGUUGCACUCCUGAAGACUGUAUGCUUCCGAUUUCAGUUCUGUUCUGUUUCAGCCUCACAUAUCCUAUACAGUAUGAAUGGGGAAUUGAUAGGUAUGAAAAAUAAUUUGAACUGCUUCCAAUCGUGACCUUUCGGGCAUCUAUCUAGCUGUCAGGAAUGACUUUUAAUGUCACAUUGUGUAAGAUGAAAUUUUGUUUACUUCAUUGCUUAUGAUGAUCACUGACUCACCUCCCCUGCUCUUCUGCCCAUUAAGAUAUUGGCUAGUAACUCAUUCCAAGGCUAAACUCUUUGUUCUGUUUUUCUGUGGGUGGAUGACCCAUAUCCAAGAGACACUCUCAUUUGGUCUUUCAUUUAUUCACCAUUUUGAAUUUUUAUCUGUUUAUAGCAGGAAAUUUCUGGCCUCCAGGUAGCCCCAAGACAGAGGGCUAAGGAUUAUUUUGUGUUGGGUUCAUACCUAGUGAUGUGCCUGGCAUGGAUAGCUCUACCAACAGCUUACACUCCCACCAGCAUUUCUGUUUCAGUCACUAGGACACACAGGCCUUCUCAAUGUGAUAAAGAAAAGUUGUACAUUGAAGAAAGCUGGUCCUGUCAAGAAGCAUGGUAUCAGCACCACAUUCUUGGUGACCACUUCUGCAUGUGAGCAGCACCAUGUUCUUGGUGACCACUUCUGCAUGUCCUAUGGAGCAUGCAAUCAGCACCAUGUUCUUGGUGACCACUUCUGCAUGUCCUAUGGAGCACGCGAUCAGUGCCAUGUUUUUCGUGACUUAUUUAUGCAUGUUCCAUGGAAUCUGCGAUCAUCACCACAUUCUUUGUGACCACUUCUGCUUGUCCUAUGGAGCAUGCAAUCAGCACCAUCUUCUUUGUGACCACUUCUGCAAGCUCCAUGGAGCACGCACUCAUCACCAUGUUCUUCAUGACCACUUCUGCAUGUUCCAUGGAUCAUGUGAGCAGCACCAUGUUCCUGGUGACCAUUUCUGCAUGUCCUAUGGAGCAUGUGAUCAGUGCCAUGUUCUUUGUGACCACUUCUGCAAGCUCCAUGGAGCAUGCACUCAUCACCAUGUUCUUCAUGACCACUUCUGCAUGUUCCAUGGAUCAUGUGAGCAGCACCAUGUUCUUGGUGACCAUUUCUGCAUGUCCUAUGGAGCAUGCGAACAGUGCCAUGUUCUUUGUGAGCACUUCUGCAUGUUCCAUGGAGCAUGAGAUUAUCACCACAUUCUUCGUGACUACUUCUGCAUGGCCUUGAACAUCUUUCAGCUUGAAAUAUUCAAGCAGUUAUGUUGCCUAUACUCUAUUUCAAGUUUAUAAAAAGUUAGUGGAAUAUGUAGCCAAGAUUUUGAAAAUCGUGGCUCUUUAUUAAGGGGAGGCUGUUUCUAUUCUGAUGACUGAUGAGAAGUUACUGAUAAGAAUAUGCUGUGGCCUCAUUCAAGGUGUUAGUAUGGAGAGACUGAGUACCCCUGUCAAAAAUCACAGUACCUUCAUAUGAGAUUUGAGGUUUGCAUAGGAAUGAAUGUUAAGACUGCAAUCAUCUUUGUGUAGUCUGGUAGACAGUUGUGUGUCUGGCCAUUAUAUUACAUGGCAUCUCAUCCCAGAAGACCACAGCCUCUGGUAUGUUGUGAUGAUAACAGUGAUGAAGGUCACGCUCAUCUGCGUUGUAAUGCUGCGUAAUCUGGAGACAUACUGUCUUUUCAGAGGAACAUACUGCGUC